AUGGUAUGUAAGGUUUGUAUUGAGCUUGAAUCUCACCUUUUGUUUGUGGAUAAAGCUUUGGCGCAUUUUCUUACUGAGAUAGGCAGGAAGUACACAACAGUGGAUGAAUUCGAGGCUAAAUUGAAGGGAAAUGGGGUUGAGAUGCUUGAUUGCUUUAUUCAUAAUUUGUUGAAGAUCAUUCACAUAAUUUUGGCUCCAAACGUGAAGUGUAAAUCUGAUAAAGAUGAUAGUGUGAAGAAGGAGAAGAAGGAAGAAGCAAGGAGAAGUGUUGUAGUGCAAAGAUCCAAGGCCAAAUCAGAGUUAAUUGAGAUUCGAUGGCGGCGGUCGGUGAAACCAGAUCUUGUCGCCUUCUUCAUAUCCAGUGAACGUGAUUGGAAAAUGCUAGCCUUCUACUUCAGAUCCGGUAGAAACCUGGUCGUCAGUGAAAUGAUAUUGUGA